GAAGAAAGCAAAAAAGUGUGAAAAAUACGUGUGGAAAUAUGACGUGAAAGGAACGGAGGUAAAACAAUAUAGCACUACGACAAAUGAACCGCAAUUUCUAGGAAUCAACAAUACUUUUACCAAUAAUAUUCAGUUUGUCAAUAAAAAAAGUUAUGAAUCUAUUCCAAUAUACAGGAUUUUGGAACCUACACAGAAGGCUGAAUUACCCAAAGAUGAAAAGUUAAACGAGACAAAUCUGAUGAAAAUGUACUGCAAUAUGAUGAUCAUAAGCAUGAUGGAUAAGAUCCUAUACGAGUCGCAAAGACAAGAUCGCAUCUCAUAUAAUAUGACAAACACUGGUGAAGAGGCUGUGCAGAUUGGUUCUGCUGCUGCUUUGACUCUAGAAGAUAUGAUUUACGCACAAUACCGUGAAGCUGGUGUCUUGUUGCACCGUGGAUAUCCAUUUAUGAAUCAAUGUUACGGCAACUGCGCGGAUGAGGGCAAAGGCAGGCAAAUGCCAGUGCAUUAUGGUUCCAAAGAGUUCAAUUUCAUGAAUAUAUCAUCUCCAUUGGCAACCCAACUACCACAAGGUAAUCAUAUAUUUAAUUAUAUGUAUAUACAUCGGCUUAAA